GUCCGCCAUUGCUCAGUAUUUUUUAUUGUAUGCGUGAUUGGGAGUGUGUGCUAUGUGUUUGUGCCGAACGCGUUGGCAACUGAAACCCCGUUAAUAAGGAAAGGACUGUGUAUGUCCACUCUUUGAGCGGUUUCUCACUGACCAGGGACAAUGCUACGCAAAGAGGGACUCGUUCAAAGGAAGAACGCUUGUUCAAACCCGGACGGUCGGAGCAAAGACGUGGACGAGCCCGUGAACCGACCAGAGAGCGAGGACGAUGUCGAUUCAAAGGAAACUCGCCUAACGCUGAUGGAAGAAGUGCUUCUUUUGGGGCUCAAAGAGAAAGAGGGCUACACAUCCUUUUGGAAUGACUGCAUUUCAUCGGGCCUACGAGGUUGCAUCCUGGUGGAGCUGGCAUUGCGAGGCCGCAUCGAGCUGGAGAGAUGCGGAGUGCGGCGCCGGUCGCUGCUGCUGCGCAAAGUGCUGCUACGCUCGGACACACCUACAGGCGACGUCCUUCUCGAUGAAGCACUGCGCCACCUCAAGGAGACUCGACCUCCUGAGACGCUGCAGGCCUGGAUAGAUUACCUCAGUGGAGAAACAUGGAAUCCUCUGAAGCUACGUUACCAGCUACGCAAUGUCCGUGAGCGCUUAGCCAAGAACCUGGUAGAAAAGGGAGUCCUGACCACCGAGAAGCAAAACUUCCUGCUUUUCGACAUGACCACACACCCAUUGGUGGACCAGACAUCCAAGGGCAAGCUAGUGCGCCGGGUGCAAGAGGCAGUCUUGAGUCGUUGGGUGAACGACCCCCAGCGCAUGGACCGGCGGCUGUUGGCACUCUUGGUGCUAGCGCAUGCCUCAGACGUGCUGGAGAAUGCCUUUGCUCCACUCUCAGACGACGACUACGAGCUGGCCAUGCGCCGGGUGCGCGAGCUGCUCGAGCUCGACAUGGAGGCCGAGGCCGCCAAGCCCAAUGCCAACGAGGUCAUGUGGGGUGUCUUUGCCGCCUUUGUCAAGUGAUGCAGCCCUGACCUGACCACCCCGCACCUAGGAGGAGGAUAGAGGGGAAAGAUAAUGGGCUGGUGGAGUGCCCUUUUGGGGCACACUUCCAGCUCUACAGAGUGCCUCUGGUCAUACGCCUCUUUUUGGAGCAGGCCCAGCCUUGGGGGGGGGGGGGGGGGGGGGGGGUAGUGGCAGAAGUUGUGAACUUCCGGUUUUCAUGCACAAUGGCACUGCUAUUGAUGGAAAAUCAUAGCAAGGAGAGCAAAAAUCAGCAACACGUUUGGAAAACUUCGGGCAUUGGUGCCUUACAUUGUUACCAUUAGUAGCACUUGGAUGUAGGUCCCGUUUCUGUUUUGACUUGAGGUCCCGAUUUCAUUAGAAGUGAGACAAGAGCUGUGUCCGUGCAUGAUAUUCCAGCUCUUGCUUGUACACACAGUGCCAUAGUGUACUGCAAAACCGGAAGCUCGUAACUAGGUUGGAUGUCCUCCGUCUGAGUGAUGUCUGCUCAACCCAAGUUCCUGCCCUCAAGACAUUCUCCCCAAGCACUGGACCAGACUUUUUUCUUUUCCCCAAGAAGCGUAAGAGGCAACCUUUGUGCUAAUCCAGAGCUCCAGCUGCCUGACACUGCAAAAGACCCCAGGUGUGCUUUGUGCUGCACGUUGCAGAAGGUCUGUCCUUGUACAUAGCUGGGCCUUUUUUUUUUUCUUUUACUCCUGUGGGCGCGGCUCUUGCCGUCAGCUUGGUGGCUUCUGCAGUAGCUCAAUACCAGCUGGGAACAAUCGUUUUUCUUCCGCUGUAUUCUUUUGGUAAAAGGUGGCUCUCCUGUCAUUCCGAUUGUAAAUAAACAUGCUGCUCUGAACGAA